UUUUAACCCACGUGCGUACUGAAAUGUUCUGAUCUCAAUUUUAUCCAGAUAUUUUUCACUGGCUGUGUUCGGUGCUAACAUGGACCUCGCUUCAAAGGACUCCUAUAUUCAGAAACUUGCCAGUAAAGUUAUUUCCCAGCGAGAAAAUGAGCCAAAGAAGAAGAUAUCAUUUGUUCCUUUCAAGGGUAAAAGUGAUGCAGAUCUUCAAGGCAAGAAGAAAAAGAAAUUAAAAAAGAAGAAUUUGAAGGAGAAUGGCAAAGAAGAGCCUCUCAAACCCCAACAGAAGCCUCGUGCUUCUCCAGCUGCACAGAAAAACCUUGAAAAAACAAAAGCAACCCUUCAAAGUUUGAAUGGAGCCACGUUGCAGAUACCUAAAGAGCCAAGCUUCUCCACUGUGGAUGUAUUGCGUAAAAGGCUCCAUGAGAAGAUUGAAGAGUCCAGAGGACAGGGAGCUCCAAAGGAUGCAUUAUCAGAGGCUGUCAUGGCAAAGCGUGCAAAGCGAAAAAUGGAACGAGAACGUAAGAAGAGGAAGAGGAAAGAAUUUCUGAUAAAGAAACUAGCAGAGCAAAGCGCUCAGGAACAACCUGCAGAGAUAAAAGAAGAAACGAUUGCUCCUGCCUCCGAGAAAAGAGUCAAAGCGGCCGUUAUCUUUAACAAAGUAGAGACGGUGGACAAGGCGUAUGAAACUAGUAUACAGGCAAAAAUUAAAAGGAAAAAGAGCGAGAAAGGUAAGAUAACGCCACUGACUGGGAAGAACUACAAACAACUUCUGAGCCGAGUGGAAGCUCGCAAAGAGAAGUUGGAGAAGCUGAGGGAGAAGGACGAGACCAAGGCUUCGGAGAUGGAGAAGAAGAUCAAAUGGACCAACAUGCUCUAUAAGGCAGAGGGCAUCAAAAUCAAGGAUGAUGAAGAUCAACUACGUGCUUCUUUGAAGAGGAAAGAGAAGAGGCGUGAGCAGAGGAAGAAGAAGUGGGAGCAUCGGAGCGAGAAUGUGAUUGAAAAGAUGCAGCAAAGACAGGAUAAGAGGAAGAAGAACCUCCAGAGACGUAAGAAGGCUAAAAUAGAGAAGAAGAAGGACAGAGCCCGGAAGAAGGGAAGAAUCCUACCUGAGGACUUAAAGAAAGCUGCAGUUUAGGGGGAGAGAAGUUUCCUUAUCCUGUGGAUUUCUUUAUAUGGAAGGUUGUUUUUUACAUGAAAUAAAACUACAUCCUGUCAUACAAACUGUUUCAUAAUUAAGCUGAAAAUUUUGCUUAGAUCUGAUAUGAGUUAUAUUCUGCUGUGAAAUGUGUUUAUUUUAACAAAAGUAAAGAACUUUAUCAUCUAGUUUAAACCUCUGGCUUUUUUUGUUAUAAUGCAUAUAGAUACUGAAUAUUUAACAUUUAUUUAAAGGUAUUACGUAACAAAACUUAAGAGAGUUAUUUAGCACAUAGUUUAAAAUUAGCUGGCUACUUUUCUAUGAAUUUGGAUUGUUGAUUAUAUAGUUUUAUUUUAAGAUUCUCCUUGAAACAAAUGUGCUCAAAUCUGAACUUCUGAGCUCGUACCAUUAAGGCACGAUUAACCAAUCCACAACAAUCACGAUUGACCAGCUUUGGUUGAUCAUAGAGUAGAAUCCUUGUACCCCUGACUCCAGGGGGUGUUACUACAUCCCGAUCAGGGGGGGCUUUCCCCCCCUGUACCAAAAGCUGUUCGAAUUUGGCGGCUGCAUCCUCUGAAGGACCCAGCCUACUGGAUGCUGGAAGAGUUUGGCUAUAGAUUAAAACAGGUCCAGCCUUCCCUAGCUGUUACCAGCCAUCACUCAGUGUAAGCUCUGUCACCUAGCAACCAUGACAGUUGACUCACAAACUAGGCUGAGAAUAGAUGCCAAACUUCUCACUACUGUUCUAUAAGCUAAUUUCAUUUCUGAGGAUCUUUUGCAGCCAUACUGUCAACGCAUAUAUCAGAUUUGUAGUCCCCACACUGUACAGAUAUCUGCAUCAGAUAGAAGAUGGGUUGAUGGAUGAUCGAUCAAAUAAAAUCCCAGAGGCAUUGGAGUGUCUGCGAUUAAAUUUUUUUUUUAUAAGCUUAUAUAGCAAAUGCAAUAAAUCCCCACCCAAAUCAAUAUUCAAACGCUGUAUGUACUUUAAUGUCAACCAAACCCAUUUGCAGAGGGACAGAUAAAAAAUUUCAGUUCAUUCAUCCCUGCUGCCACCAGACUCUACUAUGCGACACUACAUGGCAAUAACUAGUGCGAUGUGUAAUGUGCAAUUACUACUUAAUACCCUGUGCAAUAACCUGUAUCUUUAUAUUUGAUACCCAGUGCAAUAGCUAUAUAGAUAAAUAGCCAUCCGUAUCAAUACCCUGUACAAUAAUCCUUAAAAAAACAUCAGCUGUAAUAUAGAUAUGUGGACGUGUUGUAUAUACUGUAUAAAGCUCCAUGCACAUUUUCUUCCUUUGGCACCUUUUUGACUAUUUGAGGCAAUUUAAUGAGUACAUUUUUCAAUUGUGAGAUCAAUAAAGUCAUUCACUCAGCUGAUGGACACUGAUGGAAAACCCAACAGACUGUUUUUAGAGAGCCUUUUAUAUCUCUGCUUCUUUCUGCAUGUCUGCUUCUGUCUCCUUGAACCCACUGAUCUCUAUUUAUUCAAUGAAUUGCUGAUGGUCUGUUGGUAGUAGGGGGUUGAAUGA